AUGCACUCUUUUGUGUGUAGUAGGGAGUCUUUGGCAGUUGUGCACACAUCUAAGAGCCUUAAGGAUCCAUCCAGAAGCUCAUCUACCCAGUUUUCUUGCCUCUCACGUACUUCUGAGCAUGUCUCUCAUGAAGAAACAAGAAUUGAAUCACUCCAUCUUGCUGGCCUGCCCACUCCAAGCUGGGAGUUGAGCCAUGGGAACUGUGCGAAGGCAUUGAUCUCGUGGUUCCUAGACAGAGGGCACCGCGUGAGGCUGGCUUCACAGAGCAGCGAACACCUCUGGCUCUUGACAGUGGAGGGAUCACAGGCUUCUGCACUUCCAAUCCGAUGA